UGUUGGAGUCCUGCUCCUCACCCACACACACAGACACACACACACACACACACACACAAACACACACACACGCACACUUUCACUCGCACACACUUCACACCCUCCCUUAGCAAUCUGUCUUCCGGCAUAGAUACACACACACGCACGCACACAGGCACACACACACAGAGCGUAGGGCAGACCGCAGGAGCUGCGCUCAGUCCCAGUGAGGCGGUAGAGUCUGUAGCGCCAGGACCGGUCGCCCAGAGCCACGAGCCUCCACUGCCUCGUCUCUCAGCCACAGGCGCUGUCUCUCUACCGCUCUCUCCCUGCGGCUCUGCGUCCGUCCGUCUGUCCGUCUCCCGACGCCCCGUCUUUGAUUUGAGCUCAGCCAGGGGGGCAGGUCGCCGCGGGCAGCAGGGCGAGGAGGAAGAGGAGCGGCGGGGAUGUCCUGGUCCGGCACCACGGAGCCCGGCCUGGAGCCGGCCGAGGGCGAGGAGGAAGAGGCGGAGGGGGACUGCUUCGAGGACGGUGCUGGACAAAAUUGUACCCCGUGGCUCGUAACCGGAGACCAACAGGGGGUGUCUUCUCGCGUCCCGGAGAUCAUGGCAUCGGGGACCCACUCACCGGGGGGCCCCAACGGAAUCAUCCGGAGCCAAUCCUUCGCCGGCUUCAGCACGCUACAGGAGCGACGCUCGCGGUGUAACUCCUUCAUGGGGAACGCGGUUGUCCAGAAGAAGCCCCAGUCCAAGCCCAAGAAGCCCCACCUGUCGGGACACAAGGGGAGCAGCGGAUCACGAGACCCCCAGCCUAAGAGGCUGGAGGAGGUGUACACCGCCCUCAAACAGGGCCUGGAUGAGUACCUGGAGGUCCACCAGACGGAGCUGGACAAGCUGCUCUCCCACAUGAAGGACAUGAGGAGGAACUCUCGCCUGGGAGUGCUGUACGAUCUGGACAAGCAAAUCAAAACGAUCGAGCGCUACAUGAGACGCCUGGAGUUUCACAUGAGCAAGGUGGACGAGCUGUACGAGGCGUUCUGCAUCCAGAGCCGGCUGAGGGACGGCGCCAGCAGGAUGAAGCAGGCCUUCUCCUCCUCCCCCUCCACCAAGGCCACCAAGGAGAGCAUCGCCGAGGUCAACCGCAGAUACAAGGAGUACACCGAGAACAUGAGCACCUUUGAGAUCGAGCUGGAGAGCCUACUUGGGGAGUUCCAUAUCAAAAUGAAAGGUCUAGCAGGCUUCGCCAGACUCUGUCCCGGAGAUCAGUACGAGAUCUUCAUGAGGUACGGCCGCCAGCGGUGGAAGCUGAAGGGGAAGAUUGAGGUGAACUCCCGCCAGAGCUGGGACGGAGAGGAGAUGGUCUUCAUGCCCCUCAUCACGGACCUCAUCAACAUCAAGGUGACAGAGCUGAAGGGGCUGGCCACCCACAUCCUGGUGGGCUCUGUGAUCUGCGAGACCAAGGAGCUGUUCACCGCCAUGCCCCAGGUCGUGGCCGUGGACGUCAACGACCUGGGGACCAUCAAACUCAACCUGGAGGUCACCUGGUUCCCCUUCGACGUGGAGGACCUCAGCCUGUCCUCGGGGAACGUCAGCAAGGCGGCGGCGCUCCAGCGGCGGGUGUCCGUCUACAGCCAGGGGACCCCCGAGACCCCCACCUUCCAGGACACCAGCUUCUUCUCCACCCUCCCUGACGAGGUGUUCGAGCACGGCGGCUGCAGCGUGGCCGAGUGCAAGCGCCUCUCCUUCACCUUCUCCGACACCUCGGCCUCCACCUCCACCCCUCGCGCCAGCCCCGCCCCCAGCACGCCCGGCCAAUCGCACCACCCCGCCAUCAUGGUCACGCCCCCGGAGACGGACGCCUCCUCCCUCCCGCCCCCGGCCGCCAGGCAGGACUCCAUCGCUGAGGAGAACGGGCUCACGGAGGAAGAGGAGGAGGAGGAGGAGGAGGAGGAGGAGGUGCUAGUAGAGGAAGAGGAGGUGGAGGACGAGCUGGGCAGCCGGGGCAGCAGCAGCAGCGGGGCGUGCUUCGCCAGCGACGAGGCGGACGUCGUGGACGACUCGGAGUGGGAGCGCGCCGAGUCCCAGCGCGGCGGCGGCGGCGGCGGGGGCUCGGCCUCGGGGUCGCUGCGCUCCGAGGGCCGGCUGUCCACGGUGGCCCCCGAGGACGUGUUCCUGCACCACGCCCACCCGGACCUCAAGCCCCUGGAGCUGGACGAGGACGAGGCCGCCGGCAGCCUCACCCGCCAGCUGGUGAGGAGGCUGACCUCCACGGACAUAGGCGCCGAGGACGACGGGGCCCCGGGCGGGGCUGGGGAGGAGGAGGAGGAGGGGGAGGCGGAGGCGGCCCAGGGUGGAGGCGUGAGCUGGGCCGGGGAGGGCGGAGGCUGCAGCCUGGAGGAGGCGGUGCAGAGCCUGCUGAUGAGGCUGGAGGCGCUGACGCAGCGCUGCAGCCAGCUGCAGGACCUGGAGCAGGAAGUGAUGCGCCUGGAGGACCUGCUGAAGUGCCGGCUGCCGGGCCACAGGAGCCGGGCGUCCAGCCUCAGCCUGACGGUGGAGAGCGCCCUGGAGAGCUUCGACUUCCUCAACACGUCCGACUUCGACGACGAGGACAACGGGGACGACGGCGCCGUCCUCCGCACCCCCCCGCAGCGGUCCCCCUCGCUGGACAUGGAGGGCGGGCGCAUGGGCGGUCAGCAUCCUGAGGCCAGGGGACACUUGAGCGAAGCCCUGACGGAGGACACGGGAGUGGGCAACAGCGUGGCCGGGAGCCCCCUACCCCUCACCACUGGCAACGAUAACCUGGAUGUAGCGGUUGUCAUUCACCUGCAGUACUGCAAUCACCUCGUCCAGCUGUUGACCAGCGGGGGCAGUGUUUGGCAGCGUCGCAGCCUGCUGCAGAGGCUGACGGCCCAGACGCAGCUGUUGGAGGAGCUUGGGGAAAUUAGCAUGGACACUUUGGCAAACAUCACAUCUGCUGCAGACGUGCUCCCGGGGCUGGCCGAGAGACCCCAGCUGCUCACCCUCUGGUCGGAGUGCAGCGGGGCGGGGGGGCCGUUCCACACCACCCUGGAGCCCCUUCUGAAGCACAUGGACGGGCUGCAGGAGCAGCUCCCACCCCACACCGCCCAAUCAGUGAUCAGCAUGGUGGUGGGUGCGAUGGUGGACAAGCCUGAGCUGUCCCCCUCCCCCGCCCCCCCGGCGGCGGCGGCGGCGGCGGCCGUGCUGCCCCAGGACGUCCUCAGCGUGUUCCAGUUCCACAGCUACGUGGUGCAGCACGACGUGCAGGACAUGGGGGCGCACCUGCUGGGCCUGGCACGAGAAGGUGUGUUCGUGGAGUCCCUGAACAGCGGUGACUCCGGCCUGCGUCUGGCUGAGCUGGGCCAGGUGUCGGCGGCCCAGCUCUGGCCCAGGGACGGCAGCCUAAGGGCCCUGGCCUGCCUGCUCACCGCAGAGGAGCCGGAGGUCAGCAAGGCCGCGGCCAACUACCUCUCCUCUGGGGCUGCACACACACACUUCAGGAACAAGGCGGUAGAGUACUACACCCAGGCGCUGUCCGAGGUGGGCGUCCAGAGAGCUGCCUGUGCGGCUCUCAGCUGCCUACAGGCAACAGAGAGCAUCAGGGAAGUAGUGGCACUCUGUGACUCCGCCGAUGAGGAGUUAAGACAUGUAGCCAUUGAAACCCUUCUCACUUUGGGCGAGGAGGGGCGUAUGGCCUACGAGCAGCUGGACACGGUACCAGGGGAGAUGAUUCUGAUGGCGACGCGGAGAAGCAAUGCCCUCACCACCGCCUUCUGAGACGCCCCCCACGCACCGGGCAUCACAUGCCACUCAACAUGCCCCCCCACCCCCCCCACCCAGGAGAGUACACUCCCUCGGUCUAACCCCCCCCCUAAUCGCGCCCGGCAGGGUACAUGCACAGACUUAUGCACAACACGACCAAGACCACUGGCAACCCCCUCCCCCUCCAACCUCUUUUUCACACACUUUAACACAAGGCUUUGUCACUUACAUGGUUUAGUUAUUCCAAUGUUACACUGGCGUUUGUUCGUUUUCUCAAACUAACUGCUACAAGACGCUGAUGAUUUAAUGACAGCAGUUCGAUUAUCAAAGUGUAGGGCGGGUUAGAAGAAUACGGAAGACAUUGAAAGCCGCUCGCUCCCUCAGCCACUAUUGGGGAAGAGGGAAGGAAACAGCUGAGCUGGUUGAUGAUGGCUUCUGACAAGACCUGCUCUCUGCCUAUCGCCUACAAAAACACACCACGACCUGACCUCUCCCCCUACUCAUCCCCCCUGAGCUCCUCCUCAUGCUCCCACCCUUCUCAGCCUAGAUAUCCUUCAUCAGGCGGACAUGAUGGUGAGGUUGGUGGGGAAACUUUCUAUCAUCUUGGGGGAAACCAUGCAACUAAAUCGGAGUGCAGUUUAUAUGCUCCCCGACAGGGGAAAUGGAGCGCAGCACUGAGCAAUAAUGCAAUGAGUUUUUAUGGUUUCCAAAGUUUCCAGAAGUUUUCUCCGCCCAACGUACCAGUGUGGCUGCUGGGUGUAUAGAGGUCUGUUGGGCCCCCUUUCCCUCCCGCCUGCUUGCUGAGCCAGCCACACAAGGCAAUAUAACAUGAAAUAUACAGACACAGACUUUAACCAGACACAUGGGACCCAUUUGAGUACUGCCAGGACUGAGAAGCAUGAAUCCCUAGCCCCGAACACGGUAUUGGGAGGGCUGACGGAGGCUUUGUGUGGGAGGGGGGGAGAAGGUAUACUGUCUAGAUCUCUGGAUGGCCUGGAAGCACAUUUUCUAAACACACUGUAUCCAUAGCAUCCACUUUACCGGAGCUGUUGGCCGUCCGACCCAUCACCUCAUCACUAUGGAUAUAAUAAGGCUUUCAAUUAUCACACAAGCUUUCGAUGGUGUCCGAGUUUCUAUCAAAGUAUUCUUAUAUCUUUUGUUGUAUCAUUUUGUUAGGUGCGCUUCUUUUAUUUUGAGUUUCUUGCACUUUUGCAGGUGUGUAAAUAUGGCACAUUGUGAAGGGCUGACGUAAUGGUGGAGUGACUUUUCCAAACUUGAUUUCUAUUUUGGGUUCUUACUUUGAAGAUCUGUCCAAUCUGAUGGUCCACUUGUCAGUUUCAGGGAUUCGUGUGCAGUACUAUUGGUGUAUCAGGGAUGGGUUAGAUCUAUGAAUUUCAACCUCAACAGUUGAUAGGGAUCAUAUACUUUGGCAGUUUGACCAGUGCAUUGCCCUGUACAUAUGUGUAAGUAACCACAAAAACAUUUUAUUAAGUUUGUUAAGAAUGGUUUGACAAGAUGGACAAAUUAGUAUCUGCCUCCGGUUUUCUAGUUAUUUUUCCUAUCAUGAAUACAUGGUGUGGUUGCAGUUUAAGGCCUUUCGACUGGCUUGUCCUUUCUGCAUAACAGUACAAUAAAGGGUAUUUUGGGCAGUAAAGAUUGCACGUAGGCUACUGGAUGUAAUACCAGAGGUUAGAUUGGUUUGGAAUACAUUGUGUGAGCUUACCGCCCUCGUAUCAUAACCUGGAAUUUGGUUGGGAGGUCGAGGCUCUUGGUUUGACUUGAAUGAGUGUUACGGUACUACUGAAUCUGUCGCUCAAGACAUCCACAACAACAACCAAUAUGGUAUUUCUUCACUCAAAUUUAUUUAUUAUUCACAUAUAUUAAUUCUAAUAUUCUAAAAAGUCUAAUAAUCUUUGUUUGUUACAAAUGAUUUCAUGUUUUGGUAAUUGGAAUUUAAAUGCUUCAUAAUUAUUAUUUUGGAGAACAUGUUAUGAGAUUUGAGGAGUGAAAUAAUACUAUAGAUUUGUUUAUUUCUCUAAAUUGCCCCAAUCCCCAUGGGAAAAUAUUUUACGGUAUCACGUUUUUGCAAUGUUGAGUAACCAAAGCAGAAACACCUAUAAUUUGUCCUCCACCCUGAAUGUUAACAAUAUCAUCACAAUACAAACAUCUGCAUUUUGGCAAGCAUAUUAGACAUAGCCUUAAAAGAGAAGCAUAGCAAAAUAACAAAUGUAAAAUAACAGUGGAAUUGUGUAUGAAAUUUACACUAAUUCCUAUCUGCACAGUUCAGAAGCCAUAGUAUAAUAAAGCAAGCAGAACUAUUUUUGUGAAACAUGUAUUUUUAUUAUUACAAGCUCUAAAUGUGUGAAGGUUGCUCUUUAAAAAGCUGAAGACUGUUUUUGUUUCUUUUCUAUGCUGGGGUUUGCCCCCUUGUGCAAACAUGAGCUUUUUAUUUUAUGUUGAGGUGAAGAGCGUUACAAUAUUUUAAUUUCAUGUGAUCCAUUGUACCAACAAGUGUAAUUCCUCUGUUCAUAUUUGAAUCAUUGACCUUCUUUUAUCUGUUGACCAGUGUUACACAUUAAUCUUUUUCCAUUUCAAGUCAAAAAGCACAUGUUGGCAAAGCAUUUAUAUAUUGAGGUUUUUUUUAUUGAAAAUGAUACAGUACAACAGAAAUAUGCUAUCGUGAGCUGCAUUUGAGAUUUAACUCUGUCUCUGUAGUCAGUAGCUUCGGUUGUCGCUGCAUUAGCUGUGUCAUACUUUACUCCAUCCCGCUCAACAGUAUUGUAUCUGCUCAUUGAAAGUUGCAAUAAAGUUUUAUUUUUGCAUAAUUGA